CUUAUCUUUGAUAAUUGAGACGACAUAAAAAGGGUCAGUUAGUACCAUUUACAAAAUACUUUCAUUAUGUUCAGCAUUUUUGUAUUCUCCGCAAUUUUGUUGGUGACAGAGUGUGGGAAAAUUACCCUGUCACUGAACCAGGGUGUCUGUUUGUGUGUCAACGAACCGAACGUGGUCGCCGUGAAAGAUCCGGCGAAUUUGGCCUCCACUAUAGGAACUUUGGCAAAUGGCGCGUGCUUCACGUCAAGUGGUGGAAUUUACCAUAGUAACGGUGACACAUAUUAUGAACUGAAAGACGACAGUAAUGGACAGAUCGCGUGGGUGGACAGUUUUUAUUUGUCAAUAUCACCAGCAGACCAAUGUGCAAGUGCGCAUGCAACAAAACAAGCUCAUCAUAUCCCAAAUGGACAAGCAUUGGACUGUGUAACUUUUGGGGUUACCUACACACACGGACAGGAUUUUACAGUGCACGGGUUACAGUGCACGUGCGAUGAUGGGGCUGCUAUCUGCUCGUUCACAGGACACAACUGUUUUGUUGACGGCUUAGUAUACCAGCACGGGUCAGCGUUCUCAAUCAGUGGGCGUGGUUCAUGCACGUGCUCCCAGGGUAGCGUUCAGUGCAAUGUCGGAAAAUAAACGGAAUCUUCUAAUAAUUUAACCAUAUUAAAUACUUCAUUGUAAAAAA